AUGUCGCAAUCCCGGCAGGAUUCUCUGUUUCCUUCCCAUCACGAGGUGGAUUGUCACGAUCAUAAGCGGCAAAGAAUCACCUCGCCCAAUCCCAGCAUCCCAUCAUGCUCUGCUCCCGAAUGGCACGAUGAAACACAGACCGCGGUCGAUAUCAACAUACCCAAGGGGUGCUACGGAAUUGACUGUCCCAGAGCAUACACUCCGGCACUGACUCGGCAUGAGGAGGCGUCUCGCUCUUUGCACAGCAGUGGUCGUUCCGUAGUGUCGCAUACCGACUCGAAUAUUUUCACAUUCGAUCCAUCGUCGCCGUUCGAUGUGAGCACCCCGUCGGAUUCGUUAAGUCCAGAACUGGAGGUUGGCUCGCCGCCACAUCAAGAUGAGCUCUGGCAAGCAUUGGUCGCCGUACGUGCUAGACGACAAGAUCUGGAAUACCCCACUACAAGCACUAGCAAAAAGAGGGCCGCAGUGUCUGGAAAAGCAAUGAAGUUCUACCCUACAGUUCUCCUCCCCUCGACCAAGACGCUUAUAGUCAACAUGUUCGCAAGCCCCAACAAGACGCAGAGCCAAUGGCCAGACAUCACUCAAGUCCCCGAGAUCAGGUUCCUCCACCCCGCCUUCACCCUCACGCUGUACAUCGCCAACGACGAGCUGACUUUCAGCUUCGCUCUCGGGUCUUUCACCAGCCGGUUCAGCUCCAGACAGCAGGCGUGCUUUGCGCGGGGAGCUAACAAGAUGGUCGGCCAGGCUUUGGUGCAAGGCGUGCAAAGUGUGCUUGGCGAGGUGUCGCUUCUGCCGGCUUUUGCGCACAUGGUGUAUGAGUGGUUUGAUGUCAUGGGAGUGGAGGUUGGGGUUGAUUGGAUUCCAAGCGAGGACGAGUUGGUGAGGCAUUGGAUGGUUUGUGUGAGGUAUGGGUGGACUUGUCGGAGGGUCGUUUGA